UGUCAAUCAGCUUAUAUGUAUAAUACUAAGCUGCAGCUUUAUGUAUUAAGUGAAAAGGCACAUGGUAUUCGCGGUAUUAAGGUGGAAAGGUUCAUUGCCAUACAUGUGUUGUUGGAGAUAACAUUACACGAAAUCAAAGCAAUUGAUAUCAGCGAACAAGUCAGAUACGUUAUAUUUUCAGGUAUCCGAGUUCUUCCAGCAAUGACUAAUCUUCUAAGUAUAUCAGCAAUAAUUGUUGCUGGUAUUUGUAUAUAUUAUAUGGUGAAGGAACCAACACUUCCAGCUUUAGUAGAGAAAGCAGAUCCUGUUUAUGAUUAUAUCAUAAUUGGCGGUGGCUCAGCUGGAUGUGUGCUCGCUUCACGACUUUCUGAAAAUGAAAACAAUACUGUUUUACUUUUAGAAGCCGGUAAUGUUGAAACUGGAAGUAUGUUUGUGAGCAUUCCAGCUGGAGUGGCGAAGUUAUUUAGAUCAUCCUAUGAUUGGCAAUAUUUUACAGAGCCACAAAAACAAAGUUGUCAGGCACUUAAUGAAAAGCGAAGUUACUGGGCCAGUGGAAAAACUUUAGGAGGUUCCAGUAGCAUAAAUUUUAUGAUCUAUGAACGUGGAAACCACUACAACUAUGAUGAAUGGGCAGCCAGAGGCUGUGAAGGCUGGAGCUACGAUGAAGUUUUGCCUUAUUUUAUGAAAUCAGAAGGUAAUAAAAUCAAAGAUCUAGAAAAUUCGGUUUAUCAUAAUGCCGAUGGACCACUAAUCGUAACGAAAGUAGGGAGCACACCAAUCAUCAAUAAUUUCCUCGGUGCAGCAAAAGAGCUUGGUUACUCUGUUGGAGAUAUAAAUGGAGAUUUAGUCGAAGGAUUUUCACAGGCUUCUGUAACAAUAAAUGAAGGAAUACGGUGGAGCACAUCUAAUGCGUUUCUUAGACCAAUUAUGGAGCGAAAAAAUUUACAUGUUUUAGUCAGAGCUCUAGUAACAAAACUUCUUAUGAAAGAUAACAAAACCGAAGGUGUCCAAUAUAUUCGAGAUGGAAUUCAAUACACGGUGAGAGUGAAAAAAGAAGUAAUAUUAUCAGCAGGAAGCAUACAAUCACCAAAAAUUCUAAUGCUUUCAGGAAUUGGACCAAAGGAUCACUUAGAAAAAAUGAUGAUUCCAGUGAUUCACGAUCUACCUGUUGGAAAAUAUUUGAAAAAUCACAUUCUAGUCUGGUUGAGAGCUAACAUAACAAAAGAUUAUAGCAUGACUAAAUCGAAGGCGAUGUCACUCAAAGAAUUUAUGCGAUAUCAGUUUUUUAAAACAGGGUUUCUGGCGUCACCACUGGCCGUGGAAGGAGUAGGCUUUCUUCGUUCUGGUCUGCAACCAGACAAGAUGCAACCAGAUCUAUCACUUGUUCUACAAUCAUCUAUAGUAAUCGGAGAGCCAGAAGAACUUGAUAAUGGAUUUAAUGUUAACAUUUCACUCAUCAAACAAACCCAAUUACUUUCUGGGCCGACAGCAGCAGACGACGCUGAAGGCUUCAAGAUUUUUGUGGUGUUAGUUCAACCAAAAUCCUUUGGUUCUAUUGAGCUGAAGAGCACUGAUCCACAAGAUCACCCGAAAAUAUAUCCUCGAUUUUUCAACGAUGAAACAGAUUUUAAAAUCAUGAUGGAAGGUAUCAAAGUCGCCCGAAAGAUGCUCCAGACUGACGCCAUGAAAGAACUUGGAGUUGAAAUCAUUAACGAGCUUCAUCCCAUUUGUUCCCAAUACACUUUUGAUACAGAUGAUUAUUGGGGAUGUUUAGUUCGAUAUUAUACUUUUGUCAUGUACCACCCUACAUCGACAUGCAAGAUGGGGGCUCUUAAUGAUUCGUCCGCAGUUGUAGAUCCACAAUUAAGGGUCAAAGGUGUUACCAAUUUAAGAGUUGUUGAUGCUUCGAUUAUGCCAGAAAUAACUUCGUCGAAGACCAACGCACCUACGAUUAUGAUUGCCGAGAAAGCAGCGGAUAUGAUCUUGAACCGAGCACCACUCAAACCAAUCCGAACAAAACGAAAAGUAUAGUUACUUCGGAAAA